CAAGAGGCAAGUUGGGGGAGUUAAUCAGAGUAUUGCUGGAUUGUUAUCUCUUCAGAUAUAUCCGAUAAAGAAUUACUGAACUGUUAUUUCAUCUUGGGAGUUGGGGCAAUCAAUCUCUACAACUAUCUAUACUACGUUGGGAUAAAGAAAGUUGUCCGCGAUAAGGGAGAGGAGAUGGGUGGAAGUAAGGCUGAAGUAGUUGAAGGCGUGGAAGGAUUACAUAUUGGUCCAAAGCAAACAACUGAUGAGAGUUUAAAUAACGUGGCUGAAGUACGAUCAGCUGAGCCAGAAGAAAAUAAAGGUUCAAAGCUUGUAGAGAGCAAUGGUAAGGCUUGUGCAUCCGAAUCCUCUGUGCCGGACGACGAAGAUGACCAGCAAGGAGAUGGUCCUGCUCAAGAUGGAACAUCAGAAACAUCGAAGAAGAAGAAGAAGAAGAGUAGAUCCAAGAAAAAGAAAGAGCCUCUUCAGCAGACCGACCCACCAUCUAUUCCUGUUGAUGAACUCUUUCCUUCCGGAGAAUUUCCUGAGGGCGAAAUCCAGCAGUACAAGGAUGAUAAUCUAUGGAGAACAACCUCGGAGGAAAAGAGGGAAUUAGAACGGCUAGAGAAGCCUAUGUACAAUGUAGUUCGGCGAGCAGCUGAAGUUCAUCGACAGGUUCGGAAAUAUAUCAGGAGUAUUUUGAAGCCUGGAAUUUUAAUGAUUGACCUGUGUGAGACCUUGGAAAAUAUGGUAAGGAAACUUAUCAAAGAGAAUGGGCUUCAAGCGGGCAUUGCUUUUCCGACAGGAUGCUCCCUAAAUUGGGUUGCAGCUCAUUGGACUCCCAAUUCCGGUGAUAAAACUGUCCUUCAGUAUGAUGAUGUGAUGAAGUUGGAUUUUGGAACACACAUAGAUGGACAUAUUGUUGAUUGUGCAUUUACAGUGGCUUUUAAUCCCAUGUUCAAUCCGUUGCUUGAGGCUUCAAGAGAAGCUACAAAUACCGGGGUUAAGGAAGCGGGGAUAGAUGCACGACUUUGCGAUGUUGGCGCUGCAAUUCAAGAAGUCAUGGAAUCAUAUGAGGUUGAAAUCAAUGGGAAGGUGUUCCAAGUUAAAAGUGUGAGAAACCUGAACGGACACAGUAUUGGACCAUAUCAAAUACAUGCUGGAAAAUCUGUUCCAAUUGUAAAAGGUGGGGAGCAAACAAAAAUGGAGGAAGGAGAAUUUUAUGCGAUUGAAACUUUUGGAUCUACAGGAAAAGGACUAGUUAGGGAGGACUUGGAAUGCAGCCAUUACAUGAAGAACUUUGAUGUUGGACACAUACCGCUAAGAUUGCCGAGGGCAAAGCAACUUCUUACAACAAUCAACAAGCACUUUUCAACUUUGGCCUUUUGCCGUCGUUACUUGGACCGUAUUGGAGAGACCAAGUAUCUUAUGGCACUCAAAAACCUAUGUGAUGCUGGUAUUGUUCAGCCGUACCCUCCUCUGUGCGAUGUAAAAGGAAGCUAUGUGUCGCAGUUCGAGCACACUAUCUUACUUCGACCUACUUGUAAAGAAGUAAUUUCCCGAGGCGACGACUACUGAGUUAUCAGUAACUUUCCCAUCUGCACAAUGUUGGUCUGAGAUAUCUGUCACUUCCCCGUCUGCUAUGUUUGUAAUACUCUUUCUUUUGAGAAUAGUACUAGAGCGAAAUACUUGUAUCCGUAAACGAAAUAGGGACUUCAAAGGCUCUUCUGUGGUUGCUAAGUUGUGCUGAGUUGAACAUGAAAAUUUCUGGCCAAAUUAGAAAGGCAAUUUUAUUUGUUGCAUCGAAGUUUAUAUUCAACUGUUUGUAGUUGUAAAAUUCUCAUUAGCUAUUCGACAUUUUGCCUCGUCGUGCA